GCGUCCAGUUUUCCCCCUAGUAUCUGACCCACCGCUCCCGACCGGCAUUGCUUCAACCGCUUGCUUCUCCCUCGUUCUAUCCCCCUAGCUCACCCCUCACCACUGCUUCCAGCAUACUCAACUGAGACACGCAUAGACUAUCCAAGACACGCGGCGUCCUCCUUUCUGUUCUUUCUACGGGUGUGCUUCGUGUCAUACCUAUUCUGCACGCCACAGUUCGUUGCUGCCCGCCCCGUACCAGCUCAUAUUCACGCAAGAUGCCUGUCUCAACCUUCAAUAACGAUGAGUAUUCUGAUCUCGCGAUUCUCAUUUCCUUGGAGGCUCGCAAGAAGGCAAGGAGCAUCGUCAUGUUGAAGAAAUACAUGAGGAGAAAACAGAUGUUCAGACGCCAUCGGUGUGAUCGAAGUGCUGUUGCUGAAGCCAAGCAAGUUUCUGAGCCUGCAACUAUCCCCCCGACGAACGAUCUGAGCAUCGCUGAAGAUGUGAAACCAAGCAAGGAUGAGAUCAACUCCAAGGAGAGCGAACCACUGCCGUCAUACCAACCGCGCCCAUAUCCUGGAUACUUAAACGAGUCAAACGUCAUGCCACGUACCAAGGCUGAAGGCAGAAUUCCUCCUCUAAGGCAGCUUCUUACUUCACUGAAGAGAAGGCCGGUAGUCGACGGUGGACUUUCGGAAUACUUCGUGGGAGAAUUGUUCAGGAGGGCAUCCAAGAAUUAUCGAAUGAGCCGUGGGUGUCCGCCCGCAUCCUCUUACGCGAUCGACUCCCUGAAGUCAGACAAACAGCAGGAUGCUUCUAGCACAUGUGCCGUAUGUCAGCUGGAGCUCGAGGGUGAUACCAAGAACAUGCCGUGCGGACACAGUUUCCAUGAGGAAUGCAUUGUGCCAUGGUUGCAGAGGCACAACACUUGCCCCUGCUGCAGAUGCGAAGUUGAAUCGGCCUGUCCCCGUCACAAUCGCCGUCACAUCCAGCGUCUGCAAGGCGAAGUGAGGGAGGAGGCUGUUGCCCCGGUUGAGGCCGUCACUCGUGAAUGGCCCCAUCCAAGGCAGGCUUAUGCCUUGAUCAGAGCCGUUGCUGUGUCAGAAGCCAAGUCGAUCGAUGUUGCAUAUUAUCACUGUAAACAAAUGCAGUCUUCUGCGUGCUCUUGAAUUUGGGCAUGAUUGUCAUAGUAGAAUGAAUAAACUGAAUUAACUCU